AAGUGUUUCUGGUUCUGUGGGAAUGCAAGCUCUCUCUCUUUCUCUCUUGCUCUGUAAACAGCUGGUGACUCAUUGCGCAGCUAUGGCAGCAACAGAUUGCAUGCUCUCUGCGCGAGUGAGUGUGUAUGCCUGCGCGCAUAUCUAGCACGCGGAGAAGGGAGGGAGGCCCGCUUCCUUCAUGCCACAUUCCACUCCGCUUCCCAGACUUUUCCUUCCAGAAAGGUCCGGCGGCCCCCCCCCAGCUCCCCAGCCGCCCCACCUCCGUGCCGCAGCUGCCCGCCUGGCCUGCCUUACACAGAGGGACCCUUUGGAGCAGCGGCAGGAGAGCGUCUGGGGUGCACUGCAGGGACCCAGCAUGAGGGCGGGCGAGGAGAGCUGCGGAGGAAUGCCCGAGUGUCUAGGAAGGGCUCUACACGUACAAGUUGCUAUUUCUGAGCACUUCUGUCCAGGAGACUGCGCCCAGGUUAUGACGGCUAAUCCCAAACCGAACAAAACAUUAAAGGUUAAGGAGGAGUCGGGAGAGAACGGCCCGGUGCUGAGCGACGAUGAACUCGUGUCGAUGUCAGUGCGGGAGCUGAACCAGCACCUGAGGGGCCUCACGAAGGAGGAGGUGAUCCGCCUGAAGCAGCGUCGGCGCACGCUCAAGAACCGGGGCUACGCCGCCAGCUGCCGAAUCAAGCGGGUGACCCAGAAGGAAGAGCUGGAGAGGCAGCGGGUCGAGCUGCAGCAGGAGGUGGAGAAGCUGGCGCGAGAGAACAGCAGCAUGAAGGUCGAGCUGGAUGCCCUCCGCUCAAAGUAUGAGGCACUGCAGACCUUUGCCCGCACAGUUGCCCGAGGCCCCAUCACCUCCGCCAAAGUUGCUACCACCAGCGUCAUCACUAUUGUGAAAUCGGCAGAAAUCUCAUCCAGUUCGGUGCCAUUUUCGGCAGCCUCUUAGUGUUCGGGGUGGGCGAAUCGGCCGCCUUUCAGGGACGGGAGGUUGGGAUGCCGUCUGCCGCCGAAGAGCCGAGCUCCUGCGAGGGUCAGUGUCCCGGAAUCCGACUUUUCCGAAACCACAGAGUGGAAUAUCUGCAAAGGGAAAAAAGAAAACGAACCGGCAGCUGUCCUGUGGACGUAAAAUUCUGUGAACCUUUUGUGGCCAAGAUUGGAAUUCUGAGCUUGUCGCUACCGAGAGGUCUUGCUCAACUCUUCCAUGCAGGUUCCAGCUUGCGGGGCUCCCCGACUGGGAAGCGGCACCGUUGAAUGCAACUUAGCCACCAAGAAAAGAAUGCCCCGGCGGACUUGCCAGAUAACAUAAAUGAACAAAACCGACAUCUGCCUCCCUUGGGAAAAUAUAACAAUCGCUUCGUCCCA